AUGGAGAGAUACAAAGGUGGUGCUAAAGUUCGAGAGGGGAAUUAUGCAAAAGAUUACUUGGCUUGGGAUCCUGUGACUCAACAAACUGUAACUUUGAGAAAGAUUCCUUUGAUGGACAAGGAUUUUGUGCAUGAGAUCAUAAUUGAAUGCUCAAUGUUGCAUGAGGCAUCUCAUCCAAACAUUAUCAGCUUAAAGCGAAUAUUUUACGAUGAAGGUCACGUAAUUCUAGUUCUAGAGGGUAUCAUGUCUGAUUUGAGGACUCGCAUGACCUACUGGCCAGAAGAGUUCCAGGACCAGAAGAAGAUAAAAAUAUAUUUGAAAGACCUGCUUUGUGGUAUCGCCUACUGCCACUCUUUGGGAGUUUUUCACAGGGACUUGAAGCCUGAAACCAUUUUGAUAGAUUUAACGGGUGCAUUGAAGCUUGGUGAUCUUGGUACUGCUAGGCUAUUUCCUAAUUCCGCUAUCAAACUCACUCCUCAGGUUUACACACUACAAUACAGAGCACCAGAGAUCUUGCUAGGUUCUGAGGACUACACAACAGCUAUUGACAUCUGGUCAAUUGGCUGCAUCUUUUUUGAAAUGUUGGUAGCAAAGAAGCAACAAGAAAGGAAACUCUUUGAUGGGAAAUCUGAAAUUGAUAUGCUGCAAGAUAUUUUCAGUAAAUUGGGUACUCCCGAUGAGCAAACAUGGCCUGGCGUGUCUUCAUUACCAGGAUUUGCAUUUGGAUUUCCCAAGUUUCCUCCUCAGGACAUCACAACUUUAGUCCCAGAAUUGGAUCUUGCUGGGCUUGACCUUCUCUCGAAAAUGUUGUGCAUCAAUCCGAGUCAAAGAAUAACUGCAAAAGAUGCCUUGGACCAUGAAUAUUUGAAGGAUGAUGUGACACCUGGAUGUUGA